UUGGUUAUUGUCCCGGUUUAUCUUUCUCAUUUGGUUAACCAUAUUCUUGGUUUAGAUGUUUGUAUUUAAGGAACAUUCUAUGUUUAUUUCCAACUUAAUGAAGCAUAAUCAUAAUUGAAAGGGAAAGUUUGUUAGAUCUGAAAUGGUAUCAGAGCAUUUUUUUCUUCCAGCUUUUCUUCUUCAAGUUUCAUUCAUCUUCCGCAAAAUCAAAUCAUCAAAUCAUCCUCCAUCUUUCGUUUGUUUCUCUUGAAUCCAUCAUCUUCUUCUUCUCCGAUUCAUUAUCUGCGUUUUCAUCGGAGAUUUUCUUUCUUCUUCAUCGUUUUCUUGCUUUUCCGAUCGCGUUACAUUCCGAUCGCGUUCUUUCUUCUUCUUUCAGCUGAAUCUAGUUACGAUUUCUUCUUGCAAUGUCAAAUCAAGCUGCUACGAACUCCGAUCCUUACGCAAAUCCGUUGUAUCUUCAUGCUGCUGAUAAUUCUGGUGUGAAUUUGGUCCUUGAUAAGCUCACCGGUGAAUCUAACUACCACACUUGGCGACGAUCUAUCCUCAAAGCUUUAAACGCCAAGAACAAACUCGGAUUCAUCAAUGGAAGUAUCACCAAACCGCCAGAAACUCACGCUGAUUAUGGAGCAUGGACUCGAUGCAACGAUAUGGUAUGUACUUGGAUUACGAACUCUGUAACGAAGGAUCUAGGUUCUAGCACCGUUUAUUUCGAUGAUGCUCAUUUGUUGUGGUUGAAUCUGGAAGGUAGAUUUAGGCAGAGUAAUUUGUCUAAAAUCUAUAGCGUUCAAGAUCAAUUGGAUCGUUUACAUCAAGGAUCUUUAGAUCUCAAUGCAUACUACACUCGUCUUACUACUCUAUGGGAAGAGCUAAAGAACUUCGAAGAAUUACCUUCCUGUAACUGUGGUAAUUAUACAUGUGGAUCUAAUGAUCGUUGGCUUCAACUCUAUGAGAGGCGCAACAUUGUCAGAUUCUUAAUGCGUUUGAAUGAGUCUUUUACUCAGACUCGUCGCCAGAUUCUUAUGAUGGAUCCUCUUCCAGAUUUCACAAAGAUUUACAACUUUGUUUCUCAAGAUGAACAGCAACGAGGCUUAACUACAUCACCUAUACCAGAGAAUCCUGUUUUUCAAGCAUCCAUGGGUUAUCAGAAAUCAAAGAAUCCUCAUCAACAGGGACGUCCUCGUCCUCUCUGUACUCAUUGUGGUUUGCUUGGACAUACAGUUGCAAGAUGCUAUAAGUUGCAUGGAUAUCCUCCAGGCUAUAAGAUUCCUCUUCCUUCUGGUUCUCAAGGUGAUCCUUCUAAAGCAAAGUUUCCACAGCAGAAUGGAAUUCAUAUGGUUUAUUCACAAUCUCCAGAGCAGAAUGUUUAUCUUCAGUCUCCUGAUCAACAACAACAGAUGUUUUAUGUUCCAAAUCCACAGUUUCAAGCUCCAGUUCCGCAGAAUCCGGUUUACUACACAGGUCAACCCUAUACUGCUCAUGCUGGCUCUCAAACUGGUCCUUUUGUCACUGCUGGACAGUCUUCUACUACUCCUGUUGUUAGUACUCCUGUUGUCAGUAAUCCUCAGUUGACUAAUCAUUCUGUUAACAUGGUUCAUUCUGGAAGUGGUUUUGUUGCUGGUACUAGCUCACAUGGUGGAAAUCAAGUUUCUCAGGUGGUUACACAACUGAAUAGACAACUUCAAGGUUCUCCGUAUCAAGUCAUAUGUCCUCAGCCUGUUUCACAACAUAUUGGUUCAAUCUCAGCACAAGGAUCAUACUCAGGCUUGGACGAUUGGAAGAGGGGAUCAAUCCAAUGAUCUUUAUCUCUUAAAUUCACCACC